UUAUCCGUCAUUAAACUACAAAACAAGUGUUGGUCAGUUAGGUAAAAUGUUACAAAAACGUGUAAUCGAUGUAUCAAUAAUAUCGCAAGGCUGCAUUAAUGUCACUCGCAAUUAUCUGUUGAACUGUACAGCGACUGCCUAGUCUAUCCACAUCUGCUACGUCCCAGUUGGGAUAUUUGUUCUUGCAUGUCCUUGUCGCUAUAUAGAAAGCUGAGCUUGCUUAUUUAGAACCGAUUAAGGGAUUCUGAGCUCGAUUAAGAGAUCGUUUCGUUUGGAUUUGCAGAAUUAUCGCACUGGUUUAUUUCAUGUGACUUAAGCCGUCAGUCAUCUGUGUUACCGCAGUGUAAGCCCUUAACUCAGCAUGCACCCUGAUCUCUCACCUCAUCUGCAUACGGAUGAAUGCAAUGCAAUGAUAAAUCUUCUAAAACAGUGCCAUACGGAGCACAAUGUAACAAGGUUCUUUGGCACGUGCAAUGAUAUGGACCGGGCAAUGCGGCACUGUCUUAAGGCAGAGAGGCUAGCUAAGAGGGAGAAAAGCAGACAGCACGCCGAAGAGAUGAGGAAAAGGGUGAAAGAAGGGCCGAGGCCUGAGACGGAUUAAGACCGGCGCAUCUGGAUGUUGAAUGAACCACAGCAGCGUUUCGAAUCUGUCAUAACCACUUCAACUGGAUGUGGGAUGGAUGGGGUUGGGACUAAUUUAAGACUUGUAAAUGUUACCCAUUUGCCAAUAAAUCACUGUUCAAUAAGACA